GCGGUGUCGGAAAGGCUCGAAUUGGCACCAGCUGGCGGGAGAUCAGAGCCUCAGGUCGCUACCUUGUGUGAACCUGGUGAGGUAUACCUUGCUCAACAUAUGGGAGAGCAGGGUCGAUGGGUUUCCUCGACCGAUAAGAAGAGCUGCAUGACGGAUAAGCUGGAGAUUCUGGAGUAUUGUAAGAAGGCUUACCCGAAGAGAGACAUCACCAAUAUCGUCGAGUCGUCGCACUACGUCAGGGUGAACGGAUGGUGCAAGCCCGGAAGAACCAAAUGCAAGCUCUCCCGAUGGGUCAAACCUUACAGAUGUUUGGAGGGACCUUUCCAGAGUGACGCACUUCUUGUGCCGGAGGGCUGUCUCUUUGAUCAUCUUCAUAAUCAAACAAAAUGCUGGGAAUCUCACAGAUGGAAUGCCACGGCGGCGGAGACCUGCCGGGAGCGAAACAUGAAUCUGCGUAGCUUCGCGAUGUUGCUGCCGUGCGGUAUAUCUCUGUUCUCCGGCGUCGAGUUUGUAUGCUGCCCGAAACACCUGAAAGAGAACGUGAAGGUAAAGAAGCCGAUCGAUCUGCCCUUACCGAAGAGCGUGGACGAUGAUCUCGACGAGGACGAAGACGAUAUCGAUGACGAAGAUGACCUAGACGGCGACGCUGAGGACGAAGAAAAUUCUGACGAUCUCGAAGACGUACUUAGCAAUCAACCUGAGGAAGACGAAAGCGAGGAGGAGUACGAUGAUCUCGAUGAUUACGACACGACUACCAGUCGAUUAUCGACGACCAUCUCAACAACGGAGAAAGCCAAACAGGAUGCAACGGCGAUGCCGCUGCCAGUCAGCACGAGUACGCAGCAGCCCUCACAACCGCAAGGCACUCCGGAUCCUUAUCUGACGCACUUCGAUCCACGGUCCGAGCAUCAGAGUUACAAACAGGCUCAAAUGCGACUUGAAGAAGUACAUAAGGAGAAAGUUACGAAAGUGAUGAAGGAUUGGAGUGACCUCGAGGAGAGAUAUCAGGAUAUCAGAGCCCACGAUCCUGUUGCCGCGGAUGCUUUCAAACGCUGGAUGACGGCGCGAUUCCAGGAGACGGUUGCUGCGCUCGAGGAAAGCGGCGCUGCGGAAAAGCAUCAGUUAAGCGCGAUGCACCAGCAGAGAGUGCAGGAGGCGGUUAAGCAGAGGAACGAAGAAGCCAUGUCGUGCUACACUGCGGCUCUUAACGAAACGCCGCCAAAUAUGCACCGUAUUCAAAAAUGUCUACAAAAGCUACUUAGAGCUCUUCACAAAGACAGGCACCACACAAUAGCCCAUUACAAGCAUCUCCUUGACAGCAGCUUGGAACAGGCGCAACGAGAGAAGCCAGCCACUCUGGAGCAUUUGGCGGAAAUUGACAGGAUUACCAAUCAGAGCCUCUUGAUGUUAGAACGAUAUCCAGACUUAAGCGCGAAGAUUGGUCGUCUCAUGGACGAUUACGUUUUGGCCCUCAGGAGUAAAGAUGAAACUCCGGGAUUGCUGCUGGCGAUGACGCGCGAAGCGGAAGCAGCUAUUCUAGACAAGUAUCAGGCCGAUGUCACCAGCAAACAGCAAGAAAAAGAGCAUCAGAAACAGCUCGAACGAGCGCGCAAGGAACAACGUAAAGCAGAACGUGGCGAACUACGCACAGAACAAGAACAACAUGAGGAGAGCGACUCGGCAAUCGAUACCAAGGAUAUUCCUCAGCAAUCAGAGCAACCCGCCGCGGUUGCCGCUAUGCAUAAUGAGGGAGUAGUUAGAGCAGCUCACAGCAUGACUCACGAUGUCUCUCACUCUGAGCCAGGCUAUUCUGUAAGACGAGAAGUAUAUCAUAGAGAAAGUCGAUCCGUUUACUUCACACUCGCGUUCGCUGGCAUAGCACUCAUGGCGGGUGUAGUUGUUGGCGUCGCAGUAUUCAAGAGGCGCAACGCGAGAAGCCCUCAUAGCCAGGGCUUUAUCGAGGUUGAUCAAGCGGCCACGCCCGAGGAACGACACGUCGCAAAUAUGCAGAUUAACGGUUACGAGAAUCCUACAUACAAAUACUUUGAAGUGAAGGAAUAAUUCGGCCGCUGCCUCGAGAGUUAUCACAGAUAUUUUGAUUUUUGAAGCUGGUCGCAACCGCGUAUUCGUUCUCGCGUAUUUUCUUCAAGAAUCUCAUAGUAUUUUGUUAGAGUAAGAUAUAUAUAAAUAGUAUGUAUAUCUCUAACCCCCGAGAUUCUUCCGAAGAUCCGGACUACGUACAUCCCGGAAAUGCGCAAAUUCAGAAAAACGCGUUUCCUAAUCGGCAGAUCGCACUUGUGACGAGACUAUCGCCGUACGCAUUGCGUCCGCUUAUAGACACCACGGCCACGUGUCGUGGUGCAAAUCGAUUUUGCGAAGAAUUGACAAUAUAUAUGUAAAAUACAGUUUGUAGCUGGGACAUGCUGGAUGGGAAACGAAACGGAUUCUAUGGGAGAUAAAAUGACGUAGAAAAUUCAGCAUAUACCUAUGUGCCAUACGAACACGAGUGUUACACGCUAUCUUCGGAAGUAUCUCAUACACACAUCGUUUUUGUUACGUUGUCAUACAUGUCGAUAUAAAAACGCAGGAAGGAGCGCUCGUGUUAUAAAAGUAGAAAACGCCGUUUUUAGACGUACCUCGAUGUUCCUCCGCCUCUAUACGUUAUGCACUUGAACCGGAAGCUCCGCGGAUCGAUUGACGGCCAAUGUUCGGUGGCUGGUCGCUCUCACUCCUCGGGGACAAACGUUUGAAUAAUGAUAGAAUGCGUUUACACGGACGAUGUGAAUGCGUUAUCGUUGCGCUCUUUGCUGUAUUUUUAGGUUCUGAUAUUUUCGGAGAUAAUCAAUGGCAAUAAAGCAGCUUAAGUACUAAACACGCGAAGAAAAAAAAAUACGAUAGCGAUCGUAGUAGCUUGCCACUGUGGGCAGCAUGUAGAAGUAAAUACUCCGAUUAAUGGCGUUAACGUUAUGCUAAAAUAAUUGAGCGCGCAAACGAGCUAUGCGGCACUCUUAAAAUAUCAGAACACACACACACACAUACACACGUACACGCGCCAUCUCAUCGUUGCACGUUUUCACUUCUCUAUAUCUUCAUAAUGCAACUGUUUUAUUCCCUCCGUCUCCGUUCGAUUCCCACUGCCUGGUUUUUCUCGGUAAUCUUUUUCAGUACUUAACGUCUAACUUUUAGAUAAUAAAGAACCUUAAGACGUAAGGAAACUUAAGAAUCAUUGACGUAUCUCAAAUUAACGAUGACGAGGAAGUAAGAUACUCUAUCAUUCCACGCGAAAGUCCAUUUUGUCGAGGUGCUGAGAACGCUAGCAUGGAAAAUGUUCGGCAGCUUCGUUCGAUCUGGUCGAAAAAUGGCGCACGCGACGUAUCGAACAGGUCAUGUCGAUGCUGUCGAACAAGAGGAACAGUUCAACCGGAGAUCAUUUUCGAGUGGCAUUAGUACCUCCGACUGUUACGUCGAGAAAGAAAGAAAAAAAGGAAAAGAAAGAAAAAAAACGAAAGAAGCGGUAACUGUUGAGAUAAAACGUUUCUUUUUCGUUUCCGCGUUUUGCGUUCUCGGGGGAAAAAAAAAAGGGAAAAAGAUCGUUCAUACAAUAACUAUCUUAGGAUAUUACUAAUUAUAUACGACGACGAUGAUGAUAUAAUAUAUUACACGUUUAAUGCUUAUAUAUUUGUAUAUUGUCAAACGAUUAAAAAAAAAAAAAAGUAGUAGCCAGCACUUUAGCGCCAGGGUCGCGUGGGGAAGAAGCACAGUUUUUUCUUAUUUAUCUUGAAAUAUACAUUACGCGUUUUUGUCAAACUUAUUUAUAUAAAUAAUCCUCGGUGAUGCUCGCGAUGCGAUGCGAAUACGCUGCCGCGGUCCAUAGAACCAUUUACCGUCCCUACGGCCAUCAGUGGUCGGUAGUAGCAUUCAACUACUACAAAGACCUUAAAAACAUCCUCUCUUCAUGUAAAAAAAGACAUUAAAAAUCGCGUAACGUCUUUACGACAUCUGAAAGAUUAGAAUAUCUGCGACGUCUUUGCAGGAAAAACGUUUUUUAGGUGUCUAAGAGAUUAGAACGUUUUUUUACGUCGUCUUUACGACGUCUAUCUAUGGCAGCGGCGUGAUAAAAGCAUAACCAUCGCUAUCGUUGGUGCACCGUUAAUGCACCAUUAAUGCACGUUCAGGUCGGUUGAUCAUCGUAUCAAUACAGCCGGUAAUAUAUGUUCGAAAGAGAUGGGAUUUUUAGCUCUCGGCGGCGCGCGAUGGUUACUAUUAUAAAUUACAAUUUAAUGCUAAAGAGUCGCUGUUCUGUCUCUUGUGUGAAAUAACGCUCCACACGGUCCAUGCAUGAGUACAUACAUUCCCAGUUACGUGCUAAGGUGGUCCCCUUCGAUUGCGCUCACUUUGCUAGGAUUGUAUCGCGUGACACGAUAAUCGCCAGCGAAUUAGAGCGAUUAAAAUAAAAUAAAAAAAAUUGAGAAGAUCCUUUUAGGUAUUGUAUUCCUAAGCGCACGUGAAGCAGCUGCCUUUCCUAUCUAUCUAGCGCGAAUCUUUGUCACACACACCGAUCGUUUGUCUUCACGCAACUCCGGUGGAAAAGAGUGUGUAUAACCGGCGACAACAGGCAACAAACAGGAUGCAAGACACAGUCACACACAUUAAACAACACAUCGCUGAAUGUUAAAAAUAUUAUUUUAGAUAUAUUGUAAGACGAGAUAGCAAUUAUACCAGUAAAUGUACUAUGAUUAUAUGAAUAACAGCAGAUAGCAUCAAUGCGUUACAA